UCUAUGCUAUCACAGUAAAACUCUCUCUCUCUCUCUCUCUCUCUCUCACCCUCUCUCACACUCUUUUUCUCUGUCAUAAAUAAGUACGCGGCACUUAUUGGGCCAGUGUGUUCUCUCACGCAACGAAGAAGCAAAGGUCUGUCAAAAAGAGUCCUGCUUUGAGUUUCUCUCCUCCCAUGGCGGACACGGCGAAGCACGUACCUGUCCAUGGCGGGACUAUGGUGUCCGACUUGAGAAGCCUUUUCUCCAUCAUCAAGCCCAGAAGAACCUUUGCCUUUCUAUUUGGGUUCAUGCUCGCUUUCGUCGUCUUCACUGGCUUCUUGGUUUUUAACCCUUCUCCCAACUCCGGCGCUCCCUGGUUCUCUAAUGUUUUCAGUGUUAAUACCCCAACUCCAACCAGAUCGUCAUCUGACUCUUCUGGAUCUCAAUUUUCCUCUGUUUUCUCAUACUUCUUUCCCAAUAAUUACUCUUCCGAAGAAAUUUACAAAAUCUCACCUCCACCGCCUCCUCCUCCUCUACAUCCACCACCUUACAUAGAAACCAAUAUUACUAGAUCAAUCAACGCCACUCUCUCAUCUCCCGUAGUAAAUUUAGAAACACCCAAUUCAGAAAAUUCUACACAAAACAGUACUAAACCUCGAAAUCCGGAAAUUUCCACGAAGAACCAGACCUCGGUUGGUCCAAGUAGCAAUGCAAGCUCACCUUCUUCCGGCCAUAAAAAUCAAACCCAGUUUCCAGAUAACGCCGUUGAGAAAAACCCUUCUCAGCCGACGACUGCUACCCUGGAAAACCCGUCGGCGGCGAAGAAUCAAAGCGUUAGUGCACCGAAGCCGGAGAAAAAUUCAGGGAAAGAUGAGAAGAAGAGUAGUGACCCUAGUAGUAGCAGUGGGGAAAUGUCUCAGAAAGGUGGCGUUUUGAAUAAUACGGCGUCAUCGCCGCCGUCGUUUGGGGAGAAGAAGAAUAAUGAAAGUUCAAAGUCAUCUGGUGAGCAGGCAAAGAAAAUUGACAUUGUUGAGUCAUUGAAAGGUUGUGAUUUUUCCGAUGGCGAGUGGGUUAAGGAUGAAAAUCGGAAGGCUUAUUAUAAACCAGAGUCAUGUUCUGUGAUUGAUGAGCAAUUUAACUGUGUUGUGAAUGGCAGACCUGAUAGAGAUUAUCAAAAAUUCAAAUGGAAACCCAAGGGCUGUCAUCUUCCAAGAUUGGACGGGAAGAAUAUGUUGGAGAUGUUACGUGGAAGAAGAUUAGUAUUCGUAGGAGAUUCCCUCAAUAGAAAUAUGUGGGAAUCGCUCAUUUGCAUUCUGAAGAACUCUGCAAAGAAUCCCAAAAAUGUUUUCGAAGCGCAUGGCCGACACCGUUUCCGUGGUGAAGCUGAGUAUUCCUUCGUAUUCAAAGACUAUGAUUGUACUGUGGAGUUCUUCGUGGCUCCUUUUUUGGUCCAAGAAUGGGAAAUGAAAAAUAAAAAUGGUACCAAGAGAGAAACGCUUCGUUUGGAUUUGGUAGGCAAAUCAUUCGAGCAUUUUAAAACUGCUGAUAUUAUUGUCUUCAACACUGGACAUUGGUGGACUCAUGAUAAGACCUCCAAAGGGGAAGAUUAUUACCAAGAAGGUAGUCAUGUUUAUAAGGAAUUGAAUGUUCUCGAGGCAUUUCGUAAAGCUAUAACGACUUGGGGAAGAUGGAUUGAUGGUAAUGUUAAUCCAAAGAAGUCAUUAGUGUUCUUUAGGGGAUACUCUCACUCUCAUUUCAGUGGUGGUCAAUGGAAUUCUGGCGGAGCCUGUGACAGCGAGACAGUACCCAUUAGUGAUGAGAAGUAUCUGAGGCCAUAUCCACCCAAGAUGACUGUUCUUGAGAAGGUCUUUAAAGGAAUGAAAACUCCUGUUACUUAUCUUAAUGUAACAAGAUUGACAGAUUUCAGGAAGGACGGUCACCCGUCAAUUUACCGGAAGAAGAAGCUGUCAGCGCAGGAACGGAGUUCGCCCUUGCUGUACCAGGAUUGCAGCCAUUGGUGCCUUCCAGGUGUUCCUGACGCCUGGAAUGAACUGCUCUAUGCUGAGCUCCUAGUGAAACUUAGCCAGCUACAAAAGCAGAAGAAAACAUAGGUAAAAAAAAAAGAAAUACUAAAGCAAUCAAAAGAAGCUGCAAAUAUAUUUAUUUUAUUCUUGGAGUUUAAAUUUACACACACAAGGUAUAGUUGUUAUCUUAUUCAUUUGUUGCAUUAUAGAACAAACAACUAAGUAAAGGUAAUAGUUUUCAGAGAGAUGAGCCUUUGCUGUGAAGGGAAAAAAAGUGAGAAGACUAUUUGUUUAUAUUGUUCGGAGAGAAGAGGAUUUGAGGGUACAUAGGGAGAGAUUUCAUAUAAUAGUGAUUUUCAACCUUCAAGUUGGAAGGUUCCUUCUACUCUUUUUUAUAAACAUUCUUUUGGCCUCAAAGGCUUCGAGAAUUGUACAUUCUUCAAUUAUUUAGUUUAAAAUAAUCAGUGAGUUGUAAUUAGUGAGUUGCAAUUAGUUUACUUUCCAUUGGUUUGGGUUUGUUAUUCAUAUUAUAAUAAAUUCUACUAAGGAUUUAACUAUUUCCCCUGUUUUGGAUAAUAAUAGAAAACUAUUUAUUUAAAAUUA